AUGCACAGGGGCAGUUUUGUGGAGCCUUCGGCUCCAACCUCGAUCGAGGCAGCACGCAGUUACUGCCUCACCAGAGAAUUUUUAGGUGAUGAGGCUACAGGUCUAGGAACCGCUAAGCGGACCAGGAGGGGCCCCCGGCCAGGCGGGGGUCCGUCUGGCGACGGGGCGCCUGCCAAGCGCUUGAUGAGGGGUUCACGACAGGACGACUUUGCUUCUGCAGCUGCUUCCGCUGAGACAAAUGAUUCUGACCCAUCGGGUAGACUUGCUGAAGGUGAAGAAGAGAGGUGGCGGCUUCUAGAGCAGCUGUCCCAGGUCAUCCCAGCAGCAGGGUCUUUGCUGCCAGAGGGGCCUUCGCAGGCGAGUCAGUACCAGGAGGCCUCGCAGCCCGACACAAGCGAUGUGCUUGAUUGGGAAGCGUGCAACAGAGCUCUAGAUAGGCUUGUCAGGGCCAACAAACCCCAAAGUAGCCUUGCAGUGGAAUGGGACUCCGCCCCUUCAAGCCACAGUAGGGAACUGGGCCUGUUCGACUUGCCCGUAGAAAGCACUACGGAUUUCCACGGUGCUGCCAUCAAUCAUUUGCAUGACAGCAGUGGACAUGUGACUUCUCUGUUGGGGGACCCCACUGAGGGCUCUCUGUUUGUUGCCAAGGGGGAGCUGGGGGCGAAGCGGACUAUUAGCAAUGCAGUCGACCCAAUGAAGGAGAGGCAAAGGCGGGAAUUGCAGUACAAGAAGACCUUCGAUCUGGCCUCGCAAAUCGUGUCGAGGUUUAGAGGAGCCCGUCGCCCCGGCGUGCUGCAACUGCUGCACCGCUUCUUUUCGUGUAGCAGCCGGCAGGUGCGGGACCCUCAGGAGCUUGAGAAGCUUGUGGGUGCCUGCUGCUACAUCAUAGCGCGGCAGCAAGGGGAUGAUAUGACACUUAACGACGUAACUGCGCAGCUGGAGAGGCGGCAAGGCUCAAAGGGGAGGCAGCGCUGCCGCUGCAUUAGCCGGUGGGUGGUGAAGGUAUGCGGCAAGCUGCAGCUGAGGUGUCUGCCUAAACACGGGGACGCAGAGGCUUUAGCCUCGAAUGCUUUGAGGCGCAUCUGCUGCCAUCUAAAGCUGCUGCUGACACAGCAGGAGCAGCAAGAGCUACUGCUGCUGCAAAGUCUGAAGGAGGCGUACAGGCAGUGCCUCCGGCAAGAGGCAUCCGCAGGAUCCGUCGAGGAUAACACCCAGCAGCAGCAGAAAGAUGCAGCGCUUGCAGAACUUGACGAUGAAGAUUUGCUGGGGCUGCUUUUGCUGCAGCAGCAGGAGGAAGCCGCUGCGAACGGCCCUGCUUCUGUUGAAAGUGGGUUGGGUUCUCCUGAAGGAGAUAUUCCUGACGUGGAUGCAUUCUUGAAGCAGUUUGACUCGGAGUGCAGUGCUAAGAAGACGCAUAUCGAAGACGAGGAGUGGGCACAGCCAGCAGCACCAGUUGAAAAUGUGGUGUCUCUGGGUCCAGACGGUUCGUUGCAGUUGUCAGUCCCUGCAGCGCACAAGGCGAGCAAUGCAAGCUCUCGUUUGAGUGAGUGGGACUCCGUGGCGACUUCUGAGGCUCCUCUGCUGGGAGAAGAGGCAACAGAUCCAGCUGCUCUUGAUGCGCAGAUACAGCAGCACGAGUGCGUGUUGCGGCUGCUGCGGCUGUUGCCCAGCGCACAGCGUAUCAAGUUAGAUCAUUCGAUAUGGCUGCAGAAGCAGAGAAAGCUGGCACUGCAGCAGCUACGCGAGCAGUCUUCCCUUGUCAUCAAGUGUGUGGGGCUGUUGCAACAGCUGACAAAUGUAGCAUUUGCUGCUGCAGCCAAGAGAGGCUGCUUGCCCGCACCCACUGGAGUCCCUGACACCUGCAGUAGGGACGAUGCAGAAACUGUGGAGACAUCGCAAGCUGAGACAAAACCGAAGCAGCCAGGGAUGCCUGUAGAGGGAGAAGAUCCGCUGGAUGAACAUUGGGUUCCAGUUUUCCAACGCGUGGUUCUUGAGGCCCUCGAAGUGGACCGCCGUAGCGUCUAUAACAGGCGGCGCGAACAGCUCCAUCUGGCCCUCAGCAUUUUUAGGCGACUCCCCGGUGCAGGAGACGUAACAGUAAAGACAUUGGGAAGGCUUCUAAUGAAUGCAGUUAACGACCCGGAGACAACGAACAAGCUCCUACGGAUAGCUGAGACUGUGCCCCUGCGGGCUGCAGCUGGUGACGGCCCCGACAGUCCUUCCGAAGAGAGACCAGGUACCAGCUGCCACACCAGUGGCCACCUCAGCAGCCAGACACUUUCCAGGAGCAGCGCGGAAGACCUCAGUUCGCGAAGCAGCGGCAACCAGCGCGGACACAGUCCUGCAAGGCUCCCUUCUCCUCCUGUCCCGUCGCGGCCCGCAGCAGCUGCACGGGAGCCGCUAAGCCCUAAGGAUUUAUGCGAUGCAGAAACCAUCAGCAGCACUGCUGCUGCUGCUGCUCUGCGGGAACUGGAAGAGGGCGACCCUGUUCUGUCCGACACACCGAUGGCCCGCGUGGUGUCUCUACAGUACGAAAGGACGCAGCAACGAUGGGUGUGCAAGUGGAGGGAGGGGUUGGGGACAGGUGGCCGGUGGCAUCGGCGUUGUUUCUCUGUUGUCAAGUACGGGGAAGACGGGGCUCAUACAUUGGCUGCCGCUGUAGCGAAGAAGCUUAGGGAUAGACGAGACCAGGAAGCCAACGGAUUGAAAAACGGAAGCACCGCAACUUCAGAUGUUUCACCGCAUGCAGCAGACGGUCCGCCAAGCGGUGGGGUAUCCAAAAGAGGUCCCAAAGGGGCCAUGACGAGUGACACACCCUCUCACAAUUCAAGAGUUGCUGGCAGUGCUUGCAGGGCUCGUAACAGGCGCAGCGGUGCAACACCACGUGGAAAUGCAGCUAAUGCAGGUGCGCCAACUCCGCAUGACACCGACUCAUCGUACUACUUUUCUCAUGUUGACGAAAGCAAAAGGGACUCUGUUCUUCCAGGCAUUCCAGCCGACCCGAAUCUAUCAACAGUGGUGGCAUCGGCUGCUUACAGCGACGAAAUGGAACGCCUUGCGCAGUUGUUACGGAAGGCAAGAAGCAACCCUUUGCUUGCAAAGUGGCUGGAUGAGCGGGCCCCUCCCCCAGGAGCGGCUGCACUGCGUGCGGCAGCGGAGUCAAUCGUCCCUUAUCUUGCACUUCAAACGGAAGCGGACAAGGCACGGGGUGGAGCUUCUGUCUCUUUUCGCCAGCAGCAGCAGGCUCUUCAGAGAAGGGGGAGAGUGACGGGGACGAGGGAAGGCAUGUGA